AUGGCCAAGAUCGACUUCCUCCUGCAUGAAAAUGCUACUGGCUACGCCUUGUUCAAGGUUGUACACCAGCCGGACCGCAUCAGCGGUACCGACUCCCAGGACCUGGCCAAGUUUGGCAAGAUGGUCCAGCUCGUCAACUUUGCUCCCUGGAGAAAUGCUGCCGAUGCUCUUGAGAACAUCAACGAUAUCUCGGAGGGCAUCCUGAACGAGUACCUGCGGUCGAACCUCGAGCUGAACUUGCCCAAGGCCAGCAGCAAGUCCCCCGUCACCCUCGCCGUCCAAGACAAGAACCUCGGUGGUGCUAUCAAGGAGGCCUUCCCCGGAGUUUCUGCCGAGACUGCCGACACGAGCGACGUUGCUGCUGACCUCCUUCGCGGUGUCCGAACCCAUGCCGAGAAGCUGUUGAAGGGCCUGGAGCUGGGUGAUGUCUCUCGUGCUCAGUUGGGUCUUGGUCACGCUUACUCCCGUGGCAAGGUCAAGUUCAACGUCCACAAGAACGACAACCACAUCAUUCGUGCUAUUGCCACUCUUGACAACCUCGACAAGGGUAUCAACCUCUUCUCCCAGAAGCUCAGGGAAUCCUACUCAUGGCACUUCCCCGAGCUGUACGCCAUUGUGUCUGACAACCUUGGCUUUGCCCGUAUGGCUCUUUUCAUUGGAGACAAGUCGACCCUUUCAGAGGACAAGCUGCACGAGCUCGCCGCUCUCGUCGACGAGGAUGAGGAGAAGGCCACCGAGAUCAUCAACAAGGCCAAGAUCUCCAUGGGUCGUGAGAUUUCCGAGGCCGAUUUGGAGAACAUCACCUCUUUCGCCGGCCGUGUCGUCAAGCUUGCCGAGUACAGACGGUCGCUGUACAACUACCUCACCGAGAAGAUGAGCACUGUCGCCCCCAACUUGGCUACCCUCAUUGGUGAGGUUGUCGCUGCACGUCUCAUCCAGAAGGCUGGUAGCUUGACCAACUUGGCCAAGUACCCUGCCUCGACCCUACAGAUUCUCGGUGCCGAGAAGGCUCUGUUCAGAGCCCUGAAGACCAAGGGCAACACCCCCAAAUUCGGUCUCAUUUACCACAGUUCUUUCAUUGGCAAGGCCAACACCAAGGACAAGGGUCGCAUUUCGAGAUACUUGGCCAACAAGUGCUCCAUUGCUAGCAGAAUCGACAACUUUGCUGAAGAGCCCUCCAAGAAGUUUGGUGAGGUCCUGAAGCAACAGGUCGAGGACCGCUUGGAGUUCUACGCCACUGGAAAGAAGCCCACAAAGAACGUUGAUGCUAUGGACAAGGCUAUGGCGGACAUCCUGGCCGGUGGUCAGUCAUUGGCCAUCGAUGCCGACAUGAUUGACGCGCCUCUUCCCAAGAGCGCCGAAAAGAAGGAGAAGAAAGAGAAGAAGGAGAAGAAAGAAAAGAAAGAGAAGAAGGACAAGAAGCGCAAGGCCGACGAUGCUGCCGAGGAGGAGCCAGUACCGGCAGAAAGCGAGAAGAAGAAGAAGAAGAAGAGGAAGUCCGAAGCUUAA